UAUAUACAAAGAAUAAUGUCCAUUAGGAUGAAUCAUCUUUUAUUGCUCUACUAAUGACCUGUUACCAUAUAUCCCGUAACGUAACAACAAACCUUCCAUUAGAAAUUAAACACCAAGAAAUGGUGACCUCAUUUUAACAUGGUGGUACUACUUGUACUAUUUGCUUUAUUAUUCUUGAAUUGUAAAUGUGCAAAUAUAACAAUUGGAAGAAACCAACCCGGACAUCAGAAUUUAAUAAAAUGCAUAACCUCUACCGUCGAGGAAUACUUCUCGAUAGGAUCAAGUGUUGCAUAUGUUGACAUGAACCCUGAUGAUGACGAGCUGUUGAGAGGUCUCCACUCUACAGCUACAGUGCCGCUUGUGUUAAGACUGCCGACAGCUCGGUUACCAGUAAGUUACAGUGGAUACCUUAUAGCUGCACGGACCGUGGAAGCCUUCUGUACUGGUUUUAAGGAUAUGCUCAGAGAUUUCAAGUGGAACCCAUCUGCACGAAUCUUGAUUGUCAUCAAAUCACUGAAACAAAUUGAACUCAAAACUAUUUUCGACGUGCUCUUAAAACAACAUGUGAUAAACGUAGUCGUAGUAAACGGCACAGACGACGCGCUCCUCUACACGUACAAUCCUUUCGACCACUACGGUUGUGGCAGGAACUACAAACAUGUCGAAGCUCUCGGGCCGUGUUUACAAACUGAUACCAAUUUGUUUCCAAAUAAACUGGUGACAGGAUUACGGAACUGUACCCUGCGAGCAUCCGUGCCACAUCGACCACCAUUCGCUAUAAACCCUGCUCGUGUCAAAAAAGGAACUAAAAUGGGAGCCGAACAGUAUGCAUUACAAUUAAUCACAGAACCAGAAGAAAUAAAAGUAAAUUACACUUACGACUUUGACUUCGAAAUCUAUACGACUAUCACACCUGACUUAGAAAUAGAUGGUCCAUUGGAUAAACUUAAUAAAGGUGAAGCUGAUGUCAUGUUCGGCAGUGCAAUGGUAGUAUUAUCUCGAAUAGAAGCCUUUACUUUUAUUACUGGUUAUUUAGACGUGAACGAUGAAAUUCUAUUUCUAGUAAAAAGAUCUGAAAAUGUUCCUGCUUGGAAAGUCCUCUUCUUGGUGUUUCAGCCUUCGGUAUGGUUACUGUUAAUAACAUGCUAUUUAAUGUAUGGCAUAAUGAUGACAAGAUUUAUUGGAGCCAAAGAUGUAACGAGUAUAGCACUUAAGUUAUUAGUAUGUAUUGUCGGCCACGGGUGUAAAAUCCCUCGAGCUUUACUACUCAUCCAGUGGACGAAUACCAGAUAA